AGAGAAGAAAUUCGAUUAGAAUUUCAAUAAGAGUGAGUGGGACACAAAAUCAAAGUGAUUAUACUAUAUAUAUACAUAUAUUUUUGGGACGUGCGGGAUCGGAAGGAAGGGAAAGAAGAAACAGGAUGAGAAAAAUAGUGGGGAUCUGCGAAUGGUUGAAUAUACUAUAGAGAAAGAGAAUUGAAGGGUCUUCGCGCGCAGACUCAUUUCAUUUCGUGUGUGUAUUGCUCGCCGGUUAUUUUUCAACAAAGGAAAAAUGAAGAAAGAAACGUUUUAAUCGCGCGUCUCUCUAUAAAAAAGAAGAAGAAAAAAAUUCAUUAAAAAAAAAACGAUUUUUAUAAAAUAAGUUUUAACAGACGCGAGGCAAUAAUUGAAAAAAAAAAAUAAAAAAAUUCUUUGUGAAUUGAAACGAAAAUUUUUUUUAAUCAUUACUUCUCGAUAUAAAGCACAUGUCCAUGUAUAAUCAAGGUUUAUGGGAGAAUGUGAAUAUUAAUUCAAGAGAAGAUAAUAAUGUUAAUGGUGUUAUUUUUAAUAUGGAAUGGACGAGGGAAAAAACUCUUGAACUAUUAAAAGAAUAUCAAGCACGUCGUGUACUUUGGGAUUGUAAUACACGCGGUUAUCGUGAUCGUAUAAAACGUAGAAAAGCAAUACAGGAACUUGCCGAUAUCCUUGGAUGUAAUACAUUGGAAGUGGAGAAAAAAGUGACAAAUUUAAAAUGUCAAUAUUCACGUGAAGUGCAUAAAAUACAGAAUAGCAAGGAAAAUUCAAAUAGUCCUGAUGAUUUAUACGUUUCAAAAUGGUUUGCAUUCAAAUCAAUGCAAUUCUUAAGAUUUGGCACACGACGAUACAGAAGGAAAAAGGCAAUUGAUGAUUCAAAAUCAAUGGAAGAGGAAUAUCUUGUGAGUAAUAUUGAUCCAGAAAGUUUGACAUUCAUUGAUGAAAAUGAUGAGACAAAUGGUUCAGCAACGGGAUCAUUUAAUGCGUCAUUAAGUGAAGAUGCCGAGGAAUUAACAAUAUCAUCAAGUGUCAAAGAAAAUGAACAUUAUUCACAAACGGAGAAUUAUCAUAAUAUUAAUAAUGAAACGGAUCAUGUGGUGAAAAAUGAAAUUAAAAAUGAUGAGAAAAAGAAAUCAGUGAAGGAGGAAUACAUGAAAUUUGGUGAAAGCAUUGCAUUGCAAUUGGCCGAAAUAUCUGAUUCAUAUUCAAGAUCUGUUGCUAAAUUGAAAAUUAAUCAAAUUCUAUUUGAAGCUGAAAUUGGUAUUUAUGCGCAGGCGAGACGUUAAAUUUUUUAUUUUUUUAUUUUUAAUUUUUCAAUUCAAAAAUCAUAUAUAAUAUGUGAUAAAUAUCAUCGUCAUGAAGAAAUUUUGUAUUUAUAUAUAGGAUUACGUAGUUUUCCUCUGCCAAUUGACAAGUGAAAAAAAAAAGUUUGUAACUAUAGUUGUAUUUUCCCAGUAGCGGCAGAAGUGGAAAACAACCUAAAAAAAAAAAUUAAUGUUGUACGGACUUUACAAACUUACUAUACAGUUUUUGACAAAUGUACAAUAUUUAUUGUACAGGCUUAACAAAUUAUUCUUUCUUUUUACGCAUAAUAAUGCUUCCUCAAAAAUAGAAUACGUAAUUCGCAAUAAGAGAAAUUUUAGAUUGUAGAAAGAAAAGUAUUUUUCAGAUACUUUUUCAGGGAUUAUUCACUAACAGUGAUUCGUUGAUAUUUUUAAAUGAUUCCAAAAUUUUUCGGAGGUUUUCAAAUUGAGACCAUUAACUGUUGGAAACACUUAGGACACUUGUAAAAAAGUGACUUGUGAAAAAAAUUACUUUUAAAUGAUUCCAGUUCAAUGGCACUCUACUUGACUUAUUUAAAAUUCAAUUUUUAAAAAUUUUUACAUUUAAAAAUCACUUUAAGCCUCUUGUAACUCUGAAAACACUUGACAAUCACUUAGAGAACAAAAUGAUACAAUUUAGACUCUUGUGGAAAAGUAAUUUGUUAAAAAUAUACUUUUAAGUGAUUCAAAAUAAAUUCUGUUCAUCUGAAGGCAUUUGAAACUCACUUAAUAGACACUUAAUAAUCACUUAGAAAACUAAUUGAGUCACUUUAAAGUCUUGUGGAAAAAUAACUUGUUGGAAAAGUGAUUUUUAAAUGACUCAAAGGUGAGUUUCAUCUAAUUUGAGACAUUCAAAAGUCUCUCUUGGUUUUUGGUCGCUUAGAAGUCACUUGAAAAUCACUUAGUCAACUAAGUGAUUUACACUCUUGUGGAAAAGUGAUUUGUUAAAAACAUAUUUUUAAGUGAUUUAAAAUCAAUUCUAUUUUUCUUAAAUAAUUUAAAAGUCAUUUUUGGUCACUUUAGUACUAAGAAAGCACUUCGAAUCACUUAGUGAUACACUUUAGACUCUUGUGGAAAAGUGUCUUGUAAAAAAGAAUCUUUUAAGUGAUUCAAAAUGAAUUCUAUUCGUCUGAAGUCAUUUAAAAGUCGCUCUUGCCCUCUUAUCACUUAGAUGGCACUUAGAUUCACUUAAGAAAUUAAGCGAAUCACUUAAAACUCUUGUGAAAAAGUGAUUUGUAAAUAAUGAGACUUUUAAAACCCUCAAGAUGAUUUCUUUUCAUUUUGAGACAUUUAAAAGUCACUCUCGGUCUCUUGUCACUUAGAAGACACUUAAUAAUCACUUAGAAAACUAAUUGAGUGACUUUAAAGUCUUGUGAAACACUGACUUGUUAGAAAAGUGAUUUUAAAAUUACUCAAGGUGAGUUUCAUCUAAUUUGAUACAUUCAAAAGUCUCUAUUGGUUUCUUGUCACUCGGAAGUCGCUUGAAAAUCACUUAGGCAACUAAGUGAUUUAGACUCUUGUUGAAAAGUGACUUGAAAAAAGUGAUUUGUUGAAAAUAUGCUUUUAAGUGAUUCAAAAUGAAUUCUAUUCAUUUUAAAUAAUUUAAAAGUCAUUUUUGGUCUCUUGGCACUAAGAAAGCACUUGGAAUCACUUAGUGAUACACUUUAAACUCUUGUGGAAAAGUGUCUUGUAAAAAAGAAUCUUUUAAGUGAUUCAAAAUGAAUUCUAUUCCUCUGAAGUUAUUUAAAAGUCACUCUUGGCCUCUUAUCACUUAGAUGGCAAUUAGAUUCACUUAAUUCACUUCUUGAAUCACUUUAAUGUCACUUUUUUCACUUUUUUUUUUAAUCACUUUUUUAUAAGUCACUUAAUAGUCACUUAAAGUAAUUAUUGUCAAAGAGGUCACUAAAUAAGUCACUGAAGAGACACUUUUUGUACAUUAUGGGACUCUUUUUAUGAGUUACUUAAGAGUCACUUUUUUAACUUACGGAACACUUUUUUGAGGUCACUUAUAAAUUUAAACGACUUACUUAAGAGUCACUUAAGUCACUUUUGACUUUUUGUAACUCACAGGUCACAUUUUUUUUAAACACUUAUUUUAAAUAACUCACUUGACAGUCACUUUUUGUAAUUAUUGUGACACUUUUCCGUUUCUCAUUUUUAAGUGAGUAAUCGAAUCAUUUAAGUGACACAUCUGACGAAUGACAAUUUCGAUAUAAAAAAAAUUUUGUUUAUUUGUUUGUUUUUUUGUUAGUUUUUAAUCUUUUGUACUUAUGCCCAUUAAUUUAAACCUUAUUUUUCAUUAUUCGAUAUUUAAGAAAUUUUCUAACGGCCUUGAAAGUGUACUUCCUCAUUGUUGAAAAAAUAUUCACCAAAAAAAAAAAAAAAAAGGAAAACGUUAUUUUUUAAGAAUUUUCAAUGUCGAGUUAAUAAUAAAUAGCAUCAAGCAAAUGUUACUUAAGAAAUAUAAUAUACAAUAUUUAUUGUGAUCUUAGAAGUAUUAAAUGAAAAUGAAAUUAAAAAGAAACAUAAAAAAAUGUAUCCCGAAUUUGUAAUAUUGAAAAAGUUUCAUUCUUUAAGUUUUUCAUUAUGUCUAAUUUUAUAAUGGGGUUGAAAAAAAUUUGU